AUGCGAACACAAGGUCGCAAGGCACGGAAGGCGGCUGAGGACCUCAGACUGCGAAAUGGUGCCUGGGAGAUGGGUCUUCCCUCCUCGCCUAACAUAGAUAACCCUUUCCAGGGCCAGAGCGUGACAAACAAACGCAAUACGGUUGAGAUGGAGAAAUUCGAUAAGGCAAAAUUGAAGAAGACAGAAACACAGGAGAAAAAUCCUCUGCCUUCAAAAGGAACGACUGGACAUGUGAAGCCAGCUGGUGAAUCGCAAUGA